UGCAGUUCGCUUGCGAAUGUCCUGACCGACGGUUGUGUGGCCGGCGCAGCAUCCGAGCAACCGAGCGACAAUUUACCAAAACACUUCGAAAAUGGUUUUUGAAAGUGUGAAUACAAUGUGCCACUAGUACUUUAGCAGAGCUAACUCUAAUUGGUAAUACUCGUAUUACUCGUUUCCAAAUCCGUGCAUAUUUUUCUUGACUAUUUUUUUUUAUGUGCUGAAAACUAAAGGAAAUUUGAAAAAUUCAAAUUCAAAUUCAAUUAAAAAACAAAACAAAACAAAACGAUUCUCAAGUGAUAAAUAAAAUAGAAAAUACUUGAUAUUCAGCCACUGUAUUUGCACGUGCUUUGUGCCGCCUGCGCUAGCCCCAGUUCUCGCAUCUAAACAGAGAAGCAUGUUCGAUCCUUGCAGCAUCUAAAGGACACUGUUCUCGUUGAAAGCUGUGUGCAAUUGGGAUUGAAGGCAUAUUAUUCACGGCCGGCACGCAGAGCAGAUACUUGGCCCAUCCUCCUCGCCGGGACGGGAUAUGCACCGAGGGCGUGGCUAUGGGGCUGCGCUGCAUGUGUAAAGCCCACACAGAUACAUUGAAAGCCUGAUCGGAAUUGCAUGGAAAACAAAGCCGAGGCGCAAGGCCGAUAAUCAGAGCAGGCACAACAGAAGCGAUAAGGGCUUGGGGUAAUUAAUACACAUUUGCGGGCUCUAUUACAAGUGGGCGUGGCAAUGGGCCCGAUCAGGCGCCGCCUGGCCGCCGCGCUGACUCUGACCAUGCUAAUUAGCUUCUGGCCGGCCGGCAGCCAUGGGGCAGCCGCCAUUGAGUGCGCCGAGUGGCUCAGCGCCAGCGAGUGCAACAAUGCCACUGCCCUCAACAAGAACAACAACAACAACAACAACAAUCAGAUGGGAAACAACAGCAGCAACUAUAUGCUUGGCAGCUCGGCACUGGACCACUUAAACAGCUCAAUGCAUCCGGACAAUCUGCUGGAAAUGGAUUUGGAGCGAGACGGCGAGAUUUGGCCACUGGAGCGUGUUGUGUCCAUCAUUGUGCCGGUGUUUUUUGGCAUCAUUGGCUUCGCCGGACUCCUGGGCAAUGCGCUCGUCAUAUUGGUGGUGGUCGUUAACCAACAAAUGCGCUCGACCACAAACCUAUUGAUUAUAAACCUGGCCGUCUCGGACAUACUCUUCGUCAUCUUCUGCGUGCCGUUCACGGCCACGGACUAUGUGCUGCCGGAAUGGCCGUUUGGCAAUUUGUGGUGCAAAUUUGUGCAGUACAUGAUUGUGGUCACAUGCCAUUGCAGCGUCUACACACUCGUCCUGAUGUCCUUCGAUCGUUUCCUGGCCGUCGUGCAUCCCGUCACCAGCAUGUCCCUACGCACCGAACGCAAUGCCACGCUCGCCAUUAUGUGUGCCUGGAUAACGAUUGUGACAACUGCUAUACCCGUUGCUUUGGCCCAUUCGGUGAGGAUCUACCAGUAUCAUGGACGCGCUGGCACCGCCUGUGUAUUCUCCACCGAGGAGGAGGUCUGGAGUCUGGUUGGCUUUCAGGUCUCGUUCUUCUUGUCGUCGUAUGUGGCCCCGUUGACACUGAUUUGCUUUCUCUAUAUGGGCAUGCUGGCUCGAUUGUGGAAGAGUGCGCCCGGCUGCAAGCCAUCGGCUGAAUCGCGCAAGGGCAAGCGACGCGUUACACGUAUGGUUGUUGUUGUGGUCCUCGCUUUUGCCAUCUGCUGGCUGCCCAUACACGUCAUACUGGUACUGAAGGCGCUCAACAUGUACGGCGGCACCCAUUUGACAGUCAUCAUUCAAAUCAUAUCCCACGUGCUGGCCUACACCAACUCCUGCAUCAAUCCCAUACUCUACGCCUUUCUCUCUGACAACUUCCGCAAGGCUUUCCGCAAGGUCGUCUGGUGUGGCAGCCCACCGCCAAUUGUGACCAACCAACAGAUGACAAAGACCACGCGAACUGCGACCGGCAAUGGCACGUCCAACAUAGAAAUGCUCUAAGCUGCUGACUAUUCUGGAAUAUAAAUGGAUCAUUUGUGCGCAGUGCGACCACAAAAUGCGAUUAAACAGUUUUUAACUAAAAUUAAUGCAGUCCAGUUAAUGCAAAUAUUACACGAUAUGCAUAUUUCAUAUAGCUGCAGAACCGUUAUAUGAUUUCGCACACAUACGGCUCACCCCGUUGCCUGUGUUUAUUCGGAGUUUUUUCGCCUUUAUUUAAAUGAAGUCGGAAAACGAGUUGAGUGAAAUGCGGAAUGUUUUAUUGUUGGAUCCGUCGGAAUGAAUGAAAAUGUUAAAUAUAAAUGGAAUGCUUAAACUGAAUUAAAAGAGCAGUAUAUGUAUAUAUAUGUAUAUACCACAUUCUGCUUCUUUCUUUGAUCGUCAACUGUAGCAAAUAUAUAAUGACAUCACUCAGAGCUUAACAUAAAUACGAUAUUUGAACAUGUCUCAAUUCAUUUAUAGGAGGAAACAACAAAAAAAAUAAGAAAUAUACUAAUAUAUAUUCGAGGCUAUAUAGAGGCACCCAUAGGUGAUUGUAACUCUUAUAUGGCGAAAGUCAAGAUCUUCUCAAGAAAAAAAACGAAAUAUUUUUGUUUUAUUGAUUUCCAUUCAAAUAAACAGGAAUAAACUUAAUUUAUACUCAAUAUUUUUUCUCUGGGAAUUUUUGUAAUUUAGUUUACAACAGUAGACUUCGAGGUUUUCAGGCUGAACAUAAAUUAAAAUAUAGAAAAAACUUCAUGUAAACUAUUAAAGUUUUUUUUUUCCUCACGGCUAAAUGAAAGGAAUUUAUUUCAUGACAAUAGACUUUAAGGUUUUCUAGAAAUUUCAAACAAAUAUUAUAAGAGACAUUUUUAUAAAAGCAUUUUCUCUAUGAUUAAGCUCUGUCACUCUCUCAGUUGACAUCAGAUUCAGACAGCUAAUUAAACUAUAUUCACAAAAAAUAUCUCAUUUAUGUAUAUAAUUCAUUGCCAUAUCAUUUCAUUUGACAAAAAAAAAAGGAAAAGAAAAACUUAUAAUACGGAAAUAAUUCAGUUUAUACAACUAAAAACUCGUGAAAUUAAGUUAAUUGUAGUACAUUUAAAAACAAAUGUGUGUGAAUUUACUUAAAUGCGUGUCUAAAUGUAUUGAAAAAAAAAUAUAUAUACAUAUUUAAAAAAGAAAUUAAAAUGGAAAUUGCAAAUGAAAUUUAAUUUACAGUAAAAUGAAAAGCUGUCACAUUAAACUAAACGCAGAUAAAUGUAGGCAAAUAAAGCAAGUAUAAUCGAUGCAGACGGGCGUUACCGACUGCAGAAUACUCAUUCACGACCCAAAUGUUGCCAGAUCAAUUUGUUCCCCAAUAGGUAAAUCUAGGUAUAGAACUGUAGAAUAUAUUGUUUUAUCCGAUUUUCCAUCAAAGGUUCUCGAUAUAUCCGAGAGAUCUUUCUGAAAUUGUAUUCUCAGCCCAAAAAUAUAUAUUUUAAAUUUCAAUUCUACAGCACUAUCAAGGCACUAUUCUGAAAUACCGGAAAGGGCAUUUUCUGAUUUUCAACGCCCGGGAAAAGUCUCGACACUAUAUAAUUCCGAGUAUUUUAAACAAAAUUCCAGUUUCCAGCUUCAACAGCAGCGACAUGGAUGGACAGACAACAAGACGGAUAUUGAAGAUAACCAAUAUACUUUUUUCACAUUCGUGAAUGAGUAGAAUAAGUACAUGCAAAUGCAAUUUAGAGUUAAAAGUCAGACAACAUAAAUGGGAAUAAAAUGAAAUCACUGGCAAAUUGCAUUGCCUGAAAACUAAACCAAAAAUGUUAAUUAACAGAAAUUCCUGUGUGUCUAUCAACUAGUUUGAAACGCUUCUACUCACUCUUAAGUAGUCGUAAGUAAGCAUACAAAAAUUACAUAUAAUAUAUAUGUGUGUGUGUAUGUAUUUAACGGAAGGUUUGCAAAUGAAAUGUGAUUUAUGAAAGGAAAGAGACAACUAUAUAAUAGAGCUCGAUCACAUUUAUGGUUCAGUUGUAAUAACUAUAGCAACAAUAAUUAUUGGCAUAUAUAUAUAUAUACAACAUAUAUAUCGAUAUAUUUAAUUAAAUAAACAUUGUUCCAUUGGAAUUGGUGUUCCUAUGAAAGAACGAACCAAAAGCAGGCUAAACUCUGCAAUAAAUUCAAAUUCAAACAUAGUCCAUUAAACAGUUAGUAGUAAAAUAUAGAAAGAGAAGAAAACAAAAUAAACAAUUUAUUUAUAUAUACACAUAUAAAUAUAUAUAUUUCGUAAGUGUAUAAACCAUUAAUAGUUACUAGGCUCCAUAAUGCUAUGUUAUAUGCAUUAAGAGAUUAGCUUAGAAUGCAUUAAGGGACGUCAAAUUCAAAGUCCAUUUGAAAUUUCCAUGCACGAGUAUUUAAUCUAACGACAUGCUCAAUAUUUCAAAUAUAAUUUCAGUAAUAGUUCUUUUAGAGCCUUAAAAGUAAAGUUUGAAAAAAAAAAAAAAAAUUAAAAUAAUAAUAAUUUCGUUUAUAAUUUUUUUUUCACAAUUUUUAAUUUUUGUACAUUUCCACAUUUUUGAGAGCCCUUAUCAGAAUUCAAUCCAUAUGCCAUCUCAGUUCGACUUACGCAAAUCUUAACCAAUCGAACGAAUCAACUGUUUGAGCUGAACUUGCAUAAAUUCUUUGAAAAUAUUUUUAUUUGUUUUUUUUCUUUUUUCAAAUUUGAGACGAAGGGUCCGUGGCAUCCCCAUACUAAAUAUUACAAAAUCUAGAAUUUAGAAAUUACGCUUAAAAGUAAAAUUAUCGAUUAUUAUCGAUUAUAAGGAAAUGGGAUAAUUUAUCGAAACAAAGUAUGAUGAACUUGUUCUGCGGAUGGUAUACAUGAUUCUCUUCAAGUGUUUAGCUUUACGAGAUCUCAGUAUUUUGCACGAGCAUGGUUAUAUAUACUUUAUGAGGUUUAUCAGCCCUACUUCUGCCUAUUACAUACAUUUUUAUCGACCCGAAUUACGUCUCCAAUAAACUUGAAAUUUCAAUCGCUGUUAUCAUUUUGAUUGCCAAUUCUGAAAUUAACAAGAUUUCUAAAUUGGUUAAAAUUUCGUUACUAUUUCGAGAAGCCUAUAAUCAGA